AUGGGAAAAAUCAACGCUCAGGGUGGUGGUGAUUAUGAAGAAGCGAUUGAAAUUGGAUUGUGGCAUCCAGUUCAGCAAAGUGCCCCAUCAGAUGGAAUUUCCCAGGUCAUUCUGAUAGGAGAUGCACCAGCAAAAGAUAGUGUGGCAAUCAAUCGAGAUAGGGCAGCUUCUGGUGGCGAAUCAUAUUGGGCUAAAACUAAAUAUAAAGAUCCAACUCAUUUUGCGAAAGAAUUACAGAAAUUGAAAGAGAAAAGCAUUUCUGUUCACGCUUUUUAUCUCCAUGAGGGUGCAAAAGUCAGUUUUCAACCUAUUGCGAGUGAGACGCGAGGACGCUGUGAGCCGCUGAAUAUUCAAUCGCCGCAAGGUGCUGAAUCGCUGACCAGCUUUGUUACAGAAGAAGUUCUUCGAAAAACAGCUGG